CGCAGGUGCACGAGCAGCGCCACUCCUCGGGACCGCGUGGGCGGGCCACGUGUCCUCGUGCACUCUUGCUGGCCUCACCCACGGAUCCUGCACAAGCUGACUUGGUCGCCGUCCACCUGCCACACCUGUUAGUGCACAACACCCGGGAAAAUGGCCGACGCAGUGUGUGGAAGGAGGAGGAGAGAACAUCCAGCAGCAGACCAUAGUGAGGAUGCUGACCCCUGGAGGAUGACGGAGGAACAGCAGCAGUAUUACACACACCACUUCCAGAGCCUGCAGCCUGACUUGGGGGCUCGGAUUUUAGGCGUCGCUGCAAAGAACUUUUUCACCAAGUCCAAACUCCCGAUUGCAGAACUUUCUCACAUUUGGGAGCUGAGCAACGUGGACAAAGACGGAGCGCUCACAUUCUCCGAGUUUUGCACCGCCUUCCACCUGAUUGUCGCCCGCAAGAACGGCUUGGCUCUCCCCGACACGCUUCCUCCUGCUCUGCAUCCUGGGGUCCUGCAGCAGGACCAACACGGACUUGGUCUUCUCGUCUUUGUGGACCAGCUGACAGGACUCAGUCACCUGAAUGUCACAACCAAGACCCCAAGAAGCGCCAUGGCGACGCAACAAGACGCGAAAGAAGAAAGUCAUACAGCAGGGUCUUCCUCUCAGGACCUGCACACCAGGACUAGGACCCGACCAAGAUCUUUCUCCUCCACGUCCGUGGAGGACGCCAUGAGGAGGGCGGAGCAACCUCCCACGCCCCCUCCUCGCCCGCAGAAAAGUCACUCCAGGGCGUCCUCGCUGGACCUCAACAGGCUCUUCCAGCAGGGGGCGCCAGGUUUGAAACGUGGAUGGUUUCCUCCCCCUCCAGCACUUCCUCCCCGACCUUUGACCUCCCAGAAUGUUGUCGAGUGA